GUUAAGCCCAUCGUUACAUCCCAGCGCAAGUUAGAACAGCAGCCUUAGUCGUUUGAGUUUCCACACCCGAGCCGAAAAGCCAUUUUCCGACUCUUCAACAAAAGCUCGCCAUCUUCUUCUCCAUCAGACGCUAUAAAACGCCCAAAUCCCACCCCAUCUCGGGCGCGAAAUUGCAACGGAUGAGAUGAGAAAUUCAAGCUGCAAUUUCAGCCGUUGGAUUUGUUGAUGGGAGUUUCGGUUAAGUGCCUUUGAAGAAGAACGAGGACGAAGCUUCGGAGCUUUUGUCUAUCGUUCGUUUCAGCCUUUCAGGGUCAGGUACUGUUUUCAGCAGGGGCGUUUUAGUAAAUUUAUUCUAUGAGAAGUUGCGUGUUGGAAGCCGAUUAUAACUACGGAUCAGGCUGUUCACGUGCACGACAUCCAGUCCGUCCAUCAGGUGACCCUUGGAUUUGGGCCCACUUGAUCUCUCUCUCUCUCUCUCUCUCUCAACAACUGUCCUUUCCUUUCUGAGUAAAUCUCAUAAUAAUCCAUUGCAAUCCACCACCCAAACCCUCCUCUCUGUAUUGCCUUGCGAACCAUAAUCCCAGGAAAGCAAUGAAGCAAGAGAUUGCAGCUGAAAAGAAGUCCACCUCCCCAGCACCUCCACCUCGGUUUAGAGCUCCUCCCAAAACCAUGGACAGCCCAAGAUCAGAACAUGUCAAUGGGGCCCCACCAGGCCUUAAAACAAGGCCAAAAUCAGCUCUUCCUGAAACAAACAGCACCCAAAAGGCAAGAAGAUCUCUUGGUAUAAAUAAGCUGAAAUCUGGUGAAGAUUCGGGACCUCAAAAGGGUAGGGAAAUGGAAGAAACAAAGUCAAUGAGCCGGCCUGGGAACCGGCCUGUGGAGCAGUAUGCACGGCUGGGGCGGCGCUUGGACCCCAAUUGCAAGAGAAUUGAAGAUGAUUCAGAUGGGAAGAGGAAGGAAUUACAGGAGAGGCUUGAUGUAAGUGAGAAUUUGGUUAAGGACUUGCAGUCUGAGAUAUCAGUGCUGAAAGCACAGUUGGAGAAGCUGCAGAGCCUGAAUGUUGAGCUUGAGUCUCAGAAGAGGCAGUUUGCAAAAGAUCUUGCAGCUGCAGAAAUGAAGAUCUCAGCUCUUGAGUGUAACAAAAAGGAGGAGUCAGUUGUGGAGGAAGUCCCGAGACCUAAUUUCAGAGACGUUCAGAAGCUCAUCGCCAAUAAAUUGGAGCAUGUUAGGGUGAAGAAAGAGGCCAUCAAGGACCAGAGUACUAGUAUGACGCAAUCUGCAGUAUUAGAGCCAGUGGGUAUGCCUACUGCAAUCCAACCAAAGGUUUCCACGAAUGCCCCUCCUUCCCCUCCGCCUCCUUUGCCGCCUCGCCAUGCCCUGCCUUCCAUGAAUGCCCCUCCUCCUCCGCCUCCUUUGCCGCCUCGUCAUGCCCUGCCUAAAGCAGCUACCAUGAGAAAAGCUCCAGCACUUGUUGAGUUUUAUCAUUCACUAACAAAACGUGCUGGAAGGAAGGAUGCUUUCGGGACUGGAAAUUGUAGUAAGCCUAUUGCUGCUAAUGCACACAGCAGCAUAGUUGGUGAGAUUCAAAAUCGGUCUGCCCAUCUGUUAGCUAUAAAAGCUGAUAUAGAAACAAAAGGGGACUUCAUCAAGUUUCUUAUAGAGAAAGUUAGAGCUGCAGCUUAUACAGAUAUCGAGGAUGUCCUGACCUUUGUCGAUUGGCUUGAUGGAGAGCUGUCUUCCUUGGCUGAUGAGAGAUCUGUGCUGAAGCAUUUUGACUGGCCUGAAAAAAAAGCCGAUGCCAUGCGAGAAGCCGCAUUUGAAUACCGUGACCUAAAACGGCUUCAAAUUGAAAUUUCAUCCUACGAGGACGAUUCCUCCAUGCCAUGUGAAGCUGCCUUGAAGAAAAUGGCAAGCUUACUAGAUAAGUCGGAGCGAAGCAUUAAUAGGUUAAUUAAGUUGCGAGACAUGACCAUGCCAUCUUACAAAGACUGCAAAAUCCCAACCGAGUGGAUGCUUAAUUCUGGCAUGGUUAGUGAGAUAAAGCUGGCUUCUUUGAAACUGGCCAAACUGUAUUUGAAAAGAGUGUUGAUGGAGCUUGAAUCAAUUCAGCACACGGAAAAGGAAUCCGCACAGGAGAUGCUGCUACGUCAGUGCGUGCGCUUCGCUUAUAGGGCACACCAGUUUGUGGGAGGACUUGAUUCUGAAACAAUGUGCGCCUUUGAAGAUAUAAGGCAGCGAGUUCUGAUGCAUGGGGGCGGGUCUUGAGAGUUGUUUGUAGGAAUAGCAUCAUCUUAACACACUAACGAAUAGCAUAGAUGAAAGUUGGCAAAUGUGCCAUUGCCGAAUCAAAGACUAGAAAAAUACAAUAGAGCCUGUGGUAUCCCACAAAAUCCAGAUUGAGCCUUGAUCUCAAUCUUGAUGGGCCGGAUGACCUACACAUUUUGAUUUGUAUGUCAGAGCAGCAUUUUUUUUCCCAUUUAAUCACAUAUUUGGGUCCUUAGUUUUUUUUU